UUUGCGGCGGGCGGUCGAAUGAAAGAAAGAAAGAAAGAAAGAAAGAAAGAAAGAAAGAAAGAAAGAAAGAAAGAAAGAAAGAAAGAAAGAAAGAAAGAAAGAAAGAAAGAAAGAAAGAAAGAAAGAAAGAAAGAAAGAAAGAAAGAAAGAGUCGUCGUUGUGGCGUGAAAAUGUGCGCACAUCAAACAGUGCAGCACGACGAGGAAACUAAAGAGAAGAUGCGACAAUGUCAACAACUACUGGACGCUCAAGUUGUGUUCCAAGGAACAGAUGUCAGCAAAGAUCUCCAUUGGGAGCAGCUGGAGCCAGAGGAACAGGAGCCAGACCCCCCUCCGGGUCACACUUGGAUUAAAGAGGAAGAGCAGGAAGCUGACAUCGCCAAUUUUCCAUUGACCGUCAUUGUGAAAAGCGAAGAUGAAGGUGAUGGAGACGACUGUGGAGGAUGGCAAUCGAGCAGCCUCUUUGCACCGCUGUCGGACAGUGACGACGUGGCCGCCUCACACGCUCCUGAUGGUGGUGGUGGAGAAGAUGAAGGCUCGAAAGCUGAUGUGGCGACAGCUCACGCUGACACUGAACGUGUGAAAUGUUCCCAGUGUGACAAGACAUUUUACAACAAGUCCACGUUGAAAAGACACUCAAGGACGCACAGUGGAGAAAAACCUUUUGCCUGCCCAAUUUGUGCCAAAGGCUUCUCCAUCAAGACAAACUUAACGCGGCACAUAAGAAGACACCAAGGGGAAAAAGCUUUUGGCUGCUUAGUUUGCCAUAAAAGAUUUGCCAUCAAGGAAGAUUUGAAAAUACACACGAGAACACACACUGGGCUGAAACCUUUUGCUUGCUCCGUUUGUGGGCAAAGCUUCUCCAGAAAUACAAUUUUAACAACACACAAACGAACACACACCGGGGAGAAACCUUUUGCCUGCUCGGUCUGCGGCCUUCGAUUCACUCAAAAGCCAAAUUUGACACGACACGCGAGAACGCACACCGGUGAGAAACCUUUUGCUUGUGCCGAUUGUGGGAGAACAUUUAACCGAAAGACAAAUUUAGCAGCGCACACUAAAACACAUGCUGGGGAGAAACACUUCAGUUGUGGCGUAUGUGAGAAAAGAUUUCAUGUCGACCGUGACGUGAAGAGACACAAAUGUGCUGCUGGUCAGAAGAGUAGCCGUCAAUGAAGCUUCUGGGGGGGAAAAAACAACCAAGCAAGAAGCGACAUGGUGGGAUUAUUACAUUGUGUACUGUAGUUGACCCGUCGGUUCUGUACUAUAUGCAGAUGAGAAUAGUGAAUAGAAGGCUUUUUAUUCUACGUGUGUGCAAUAGGGGGUGGCAUUGCUUUUGCGCACGUAAAAGGAGUCUUGAAAGCAAGCGACCAUCUGCAGGUUGGUUUUUAUUUUCGGAGACGCAUCAGCGUCAUCAUUGGUAGAAUGACGUGAACCAAAACGGACCGUUUAUCCGGAUUGUAAGUGACCCAGAGUUGAAGUUACCUCUCUUUCUGGAUUGAAUAAUAUUAUUAUCUUAAUAAACAUUAAAACUUGCUAAAAA